AUGAGUCUCGACAGUGUCGAUAUUCCAUCAUCUUCCCAAUUUCUCAGCCAUUUGGGCGCAACUGGUGGGGUUUUUCCGCGACGAGCGCACACUCUCACCUCGCCAGAUGACGUCCCUGUGUGCUUUCAGGCUCAUUCCGUCACUGUUUAUAUGUACGUAUUCAAUCCGGAAAAUGAAGAGGAUCGGAUCGUUCUCGAUUUUCACAAACGCGCUACUACUGAGGAGCUUAUCGAAAGGAUUUUGCAUAUAAGACAUGAUCUCACCGAACACACAGCUGACGAGAUGGAGCUGGUUGAGGUGAUGGGGACACCUGAUGGACACACGUUUAAAGAACGAAAGCUUGAUGCUGGCGAGUACCCGGUGGCUGUUCAAUCACUUUGGGGUGGAAGAGCUCUCUCCUCAUCAACUUCAUCAACAUCAACUGAUCAAGCACCAAAGCAUAGAUUUAUUCUAAGGCAUAAAGGUGUCCGCUCGGUGUCUCGUUUUGGAUCGGCUGAGGCUGCAUCGGCGAUUGACGCUUUUCUAGCAAAAUUUCUUACACAACCACAGGAUCGUGAAUACGCUGACCUGUGCAUGUUGCCCGAGCUGACUGAGCAGACUUUAUUGGACAAUUUGAGGGAUCGUUUCAACAGUGGCCACAUCUACACCUACAUUGGACCGAUUCUCGUUGCAGUGAACCCGUUCAGCUUUUUCCCCAUCUACAACCCGAAAUACGCCCGUUUGUACUGCUCGUCAGCACUCGGCUCUCUUCCACCGCACAUUUUCGCAAUCGCCGAUGUCACAUAUCAUAACAUGCUUCGAAUCAAGGAGAACCAGUGUAUCGUGAUCUCUGGCGAGAGUGGAUCAGGGAAAACCGAGUCAACAAAUUUCCUCCUGCAUCACCUCACAACAUUGUCUCAAAAGGGAUCCACUGGAUGCUCUGUGGAACAAACACUGCUCUCAGCUGGACCUGUUCUAGAGGCUUUCGGUAACGCGGUCACUGUUCAAAACAACAACAGCUCUCGUUUCGGAAAAUUCAUUAAAGUGAAUUAUCGAGAGAAUGGAAUGGUUUCAGGAGCCAACAUGGAGAUCUAUCUACUCGAGAAGUCACGGAUUAUUUCGCAAGCUGUUGGAGAAAGAAACUACCACGUUUUCUACUAUCUUCUCGAGGGUGCAAGCGAUGAUGAAAGAAAGGAGUUCUUCUUGAUGAAACCUGAUGAUUAUAUGUAUUUAAAUCAGAACACCUACGAGGCCACCGAGGGUGUAAACGAGAAAUACGAAUGGAGCAGAUUGAAACAGGCCAUGCUAGCGGUCGGCUUUCCACCCACGACCCAACACACCCUUCAAGCGAUUCUCUCCGCUGUGCUUCUACUAGGGAACAUUAAAUAUAUCAAGCGUCAAGGCUAUCACAGUGACGAGGCGGCUUACAUUGAAAAUGAAGAAGUCGUGGGAUUGGUGGCGAAAUUGCUGAAUAUUCGAGCCGAUCAACUGUUACAGGCGUUGACAAUGCGACGAACGGUGACAAAAAACGAUACGGUCAUUUCAAGAUACAGCGUUUCGGAGGCAACAAACACACGAGAUGCGAUGGCCAAAUGCCUCUACAAUGCACUCUUUCAUUGGAUCGUUUUGCGGAUCAAUCAACAACUGCUUCGUGCUCAAUCGCCUACAAAUGGUUAUUAUAUUGGGAUUCUCGACAUUUUCGGUUUUGAAGACGUUGGUGGACAUAAAAAUUCAUUUGAGCAAUUGUGUAUCAAUUACGCGAAUGAACAUCUUCAAGCUUAUUUCAAUCAACACAUCUUUCAGUUUGAGCAGGAAGAAUAUCUCAAAGAGGGGAUCACGUGGACGAAUAUCGAGUACACUGAUAAUACGGAGUGUGUGCAUUUGUUUCAGGCGAAACCCUAUGGAAUCCUUCGACUGAUCGACGAGGAGUCAAACAUUCACAAUGGUACCGAUCAAUCGAUGCUCGACAAGUUGAACACUUUCUUGAAAAACAACGAGUACUACGAGAUGCCCCAGAAACGCGAGAAAGCCUUCAUCGUGGCGCAUUAUGCGGGAAAAGUGAAAUAUCAGACAACGGGUUUCCGCGAGAAAAAUAAGGAUCUAAUGCGACACGAUGUGUUGAUUACAUUGAAGAAUUCGAAAUAUUCACUGGUCCGCGAAUUGGUCGGCUCCGAUCCGGUGGCUGUUUAUCGAUGGACUUUGAUUCGAUCAGUCUUCCGAGCACUCUACGCUUUCAAGCAAGCUGGCAGGAAAAUUCAGCGAAGUGAAAGCGCUGGUCAUUUGGGAGUUCGAGACGAAGAUCCAUCGAGAGGCCGACGCUCAUCCGACUCUCAGCUAUCCGCUUUUCUUCGCGGAGAACUACGCCUCUCCAUCCCGGAUUUCUGUGACACGUCUGUUUUUGGCACAAUUACCUCACAAGCCCGUCGAAGCAUGCAUCGACCACAGAAAGAACGGCUCUCUACUUUGAAAAGUUUGCAGAUCCUCCGUGAGGCGAUCGGUCGUCGCCGUGUCACCUCCGCAAAGCCAGCCUCAGUCUCGCGACAAUUCGAGUACAGCUUGAUACGCUUGAUGUCAACACUAGGCGCCGCUACGCCUUACUUUAUCCGCUGCAUCAAGAGCAACAAUGAGAAGAUAGCCAAUCAUUUCGAUGAGGACAUUAUUUUGCGACAAUUGCGCUACACGGGAAUGCUGGAAACGGUGCGGAUUCGACGAGCCGGCUACAGUGUCAGAAUCGAGUAUCAGGCAUUCAUCAAUCAAUACCGUAUCCUUUUGCCGUACGGUCGGGAAAGUCAAGAAGAAGAUGUGAAGAAUUUCAUCCAAAAUCAUCCACUGAUACAAGAAGACAAUGUGCAGUAUGGGUUGACAAAGGUGUUCAUGCGUGACGCUGAGAAGUUGAUCCUUGACGAUUUCCUCCAUCGAACGAUCAUGCAACAUAUUGUCACUCUGCAAAGAUGGUUUCGAACGGUUCUCGCGCGAAAGAAGUACCUCCGAUUGCGGAAUGGAGUCAUCCGAAUCCAAGCAAUGUUCCGUGGAAUGCAGCUGCGAAAUCGAUUACGCCAUGAGAGUUAUGCGGCACUCGUCAUACAAGCAAAUUGGAGGCGAUAUCGAGAAGAGAAACGGUACAAUCAGUUGAAAAGCUCGAUUCUGGCACUUCAAGCAGCGUAUAGGGGAGCGUUGACGAGGAAAAGAAUCGGCGACAUCCCACGAAAAGGUGCUAACCGUUUCCACAUCACCAAAAUUCACACAUUUCAACUCCCGAAAUUUGAUCUCAACAAUCCAGCGUCAUUGGCUGAGUUCGCCACCUCAUCUGAUGAGUGCUCAUCGGGAGAAGAAUCCGAUGAUGGAUUAGAUUUGACACCUUCGGAAGGAGAUGUUUUUGGGAAUUACAACGAUGACAAUGUUGAUUUGGAUGUCGCUUUCACACUUGAGGACACAAAGCUAAAGCUGAUCGAAGAAGAGCCAACGGAAAACGCUUUCCACCGACGUCAGAGCUUGGCCGCGACCGCAUCAACGGCGAAAUUGAAAAUGUUGCGACGAGCGGCAAGCACGGAAAGUGAUCAAAUUGCGAGAAAAGGGGAAACAUUGAGAACGCUUGAUGAGCUCUCAAACGUGAUCACGAAGAAGAAAACGGGAAGCGGGAAAAUCGGUUUCCAAAAGGCGAAACGAAAUUUGAAAGGCGUUGUCGAGGGACUUUUUGGGAGGAGAAGUGACAGUGGAGCUGUUUCCGAAGGAGAUGAUGAUCAUCCAUCCACAAGUCAUCCCGACAUUCAUUCCCUAAAAGUUCAACGAUUGCGUCGAGCCGAACCGUGCGCCCUUUGCGCAAAGCAACUCUCCGGAUUGCUUGCCCAAGCGCUCAAAUGUUCUCGUUGCAAGAUGACUUUCCACAAAGAGUGCUCAUCUUUCGCGCCAUCUUUACCCUGCUCACCCACUUCACCGCUUCGAUCGCCGACACGUUUAGAGCCACCAAGAAAACCCUGGGAGAUACGCGGCUCUCGCCAAGCUCGUCAAUCCGGCAGUCCAUCCUCUGCUCAACUUCCACGGAUUGCCACCUCCACCCAUCCAACUUUCAAUCUCACACAAACGAAACAACAGACGGAUCCGAUGAGUCUCGUGGUGGAGUGUGUCGACGAUUUGAGGCUCUUCUCCGUGUUUAUGUUCAAAAAGUUGACUAUUCUUGAUCAGGACAAAAAGAAACGGGACACGAUCGUGGACUCAUUGUUCAAGAAAUCGAUGCGGGAAUUUCACAUGGAGUUGAUCGGAUACGAGGCUGUACUGACGGAAGAACGAACAGUUCUCCGAUACAAGGAUCUCAUCACAACGUUCGAGGGUUUACUGACAAAGGUGACUUUCCCGCUUCCACUUGGCGUGAACGCGUUUCGCGGUUUUCUCAACGAGUUCGUCUCACAGCAAUCGAAAUUGAAGAAAAAUCGGCAGAAAACGGGGAUCAUUCGGAGUUAUCGAAAGAAACGUCGGCGCUCUGAUGUCACUGUGAUCCACGCUGGGCAUCGUUUCCGUGGCGACUUCGUACACGUACCCACAUAUUGUGAGCUUUGCAAUGAGUUCAUGUGGCACGCGGAGAAGAUUUUUAUCUGCACAACGUGUAAAAUAUCGGUGCACAAGCGCUGUCACACAAAGAUCUCAGCAGCUUGCAUGAUGGCUCAAGCGCCAACCGGGACCUCAAGCGGUCGCUUUUUCGGCGCCACGAUCACCUCGUUGGCUGAAGAUGAACAGGGAAUCCCAGCAGUGCUCAACAAACUCUUGACGACGAUCGAGCUGCGGGCGCUUUUCGUUGAAGGAUUGUAUCGGAAAAGUGGGAGCAUGGCACAAGUCCGCGUGGCAAGACGAGCCAUCGAGACGGCUGCCGGUGUUGAUGAAGUGACUGUCGAUGAUAUCCCAGUGCACGUCCUCUCCACUCUCGUCAAAUCCUUCUUUCGAGAACUCCCGGAUCCAUUAAUCACUUAUGAUCUUUAUGAGAACUUUUUGAAUGUAUCAGAGGUGACAGCAGUGGCUGAACGAGUUCGGUGUCUCUCUGUGAUGAUUGAUCUUUUGCCUAAGAACAAUAAAUGUGUGCUGGAUCGUUUGAUGUACCAUUUGGCUAGAGUGGCUCAUCAGGAGCCAGUCAAUCGGAUGGGCGCCUCAAACUUGGCGCUGAUCUUUGGCCCGUGUCUGAUGAGGAGACAGCACGCUGUGCAUGCACAAGAUACACUAGUUGAUGUCUCUCGCCAAGCCGUUUGUGUACAAGCGCUGAUCGAGGAGAAACUCCGACAAUAUCGAGUCACUCUCAUAAACAUUGUCGAGUUGGAAGCGGCUCAAGAAAAGGUGGAAGAGAACAUUCGAAAGAUCACUGAGCACAUCAGUCGAGGUCCAUCAGCCGAGUCACACGAACAAUGCAAGCUGCUCUUCGAGGAACAACUCGAUUUCUUGACCACGGAAAAAGAUAAAUUAACGCACGAGUUACCCUCUCUGGCCCCAGUCGCCUCGUCGGAAGAUCUCUCUUCAUCAGAUGAACGAUCGUUUUCCCCUUGUCGAGAUGAGUUCGCUAUUGACAUGUCAUCGCCACCCGUUUUCGGUCUUCUCAAUCACCCGAAUAAGAGCCGCCCCCGAGGGCCUCGUGGGCGAAAAUCGCCGAAAAAUUCGCUGAAUUCGCUGAAAUUGCAACGAAUCGACGAAGGCGAUGUGUUUUUG